GUUUAAUAGCUUGCCCUGUUUAAUGUUGUUGUUGUUAAAGUAUUGUAUUUAUAAAUUCUUAAAUCAAUGAGUAAUCGUAAGUAACGCCACGUGGUUUGCACCAAAUUAUGCGCGCAGCACCAAAUUAUUGCGCGCGUACAACUCAACAUCACUUGAUUCGCAUCAAAUUAUUGCGCGCCACAACUCAAUGUCACGUGGUUUGCAUCCAAUUAUGCGUGUGCACAACUCAGCAUGACUUAAUUCGCCUCAAAUUAUUGCGCGCGCACAACUCAACGUCACAUAGUUUGCACUAAAUUAUAGUGUACGCACAACUAAACAUCACUUGAUUCGCAUCUAAUUAUUGCGCGCGCACAAUUGAUUCCGCAUUCAUAACAGAGCGAAGAAAUGUCAUCACCGACGUCACACUUCUCUUUUAGGUCGAGACAGUGCAAUUGCGUUCAUCCGAAAUUUUAAACUCAAGUAUAGCAUCAACCAGUACGAUUUUCAAUAUUAUAAAUUGCACGGAAAUGUUAAGAUUUUCUCUGGUAACAGAAGAGUCAACCAGGUUGUUUACCGAAAAUUCGAACACGCCAUCCAAGCACGUGUCAUACGACUUGAAGUUGUCAAAUAUUACGGCAGACCUUGUUUACGAUUCGAGUUAUACGGUUGUAUUAACACUAGUUUGACCACCACCCCUACGGAGAGCGGCCCUACAACAGUGACAGGUGGUGUUAAACGUUCUACACAAACGACUAAAGGUAUUCUUGUUUGUUAUGUUCGUCUGUUUGUUUGUUUGUCGGCUAGAAACGUCUACUGAGCCGUCGCAAAAAUAGAAAUGAAAUAUACAACGGAAAUUUCUGCCAACCAAUCUAAAUGCUCAAAAUUAUUCCGCUUAGCGGAAAAAAGGCGUUAGAUCUUGUCUACAAUUUAGGAUGAGAGGAGAAAACAGUGUAAGCAUAGCUUUUGACACCAGUUCAGAAAAAAUAGAAUUUAAACUCCGAUUACUUUUUUUCUUCUUCUAACAGCUAAGUUAACUGUUUUACGUAUUAACCAUCAUCGUUAUUAUUGUUUUUUCUUUGGAUUUCCCCAUUCUUUCGUAAGAUUUGUUGUUUUUCAUUUCCCUGAUGAACUUCCCAAUUUAGUUUGAUAUUAAGCAAGUUAUCAAAGGCUAUCAUUUGUUAAGUCAACCACCCAUGAACAAAAAUUCUCCAGCAUCAAAAAAUGAUUUUACUCUAGUCCAUCAAUGUGCAGCAGUUUGUUUCUGAUCAAUUUUAAGACUUGAUUAAUUGGAACUUAAGAGGUAAAAAUGUCCCACUUAUUGAUUUUGUUUGCGUAUAUCAGAAUUUAACUUGUGAGGAGGACCCUGCCAACGUUCUACAGUCGAUCAACACACAAACAUAGUACAAUGCUUCACAAUUUUUUUAAUGCAAUGCAUUCAAAAUCCUUCUUUUUUGUCUUCUACACUUUGAAGUCAUUGCACUCAAGUCCUAUUUAAGCAAUAUUUUUUAGUUGAUAAGAUCAAAAAAUUGGUCUUACUAAGCGCAAGUCCAGCUUAUCAAGACUAGAUCAAUGGUACCAAUAUCUAAUUAGCCCCACUUAUUCAAACUGCGAAAUAAUGUUCCAAAAACACAUCGAACAUUAAUAUAUUUAUCUAACUUGAGUUCGCCUUUUACAUACAUUUGAAACAGGCUUCUAUCAAACAAUGUUCUACGUUGCCGUUUUAGUCACGACCAAAACAGAAAAUCAAUUCGACGAUCUAUCUACUUAUGAAGAUGAUAAAGAGAGUGUAACUGAUACAUCAAGAGAAAGUUCCAUGCUGAUGCAGUCACAAACGUCGCAAGAUUCUUUAGAAACACUAGAUGACAAAAAUAUUCCAAGUGACUUAUUAGAAGAUGAAAAUGCUUCUCCAGAAGGAAACGUCAAAGAAGACAUGAAUGGCUACAAAGAAAAAUUAGGGGAAGAGACAAUGGGACAAAAGGAAAAAGAAAAAUCACUAGCUUCCAUCAAUUCUCGAGCUAAUAAUAAAAAUAUCUACAGUGAAGUUGAUCAAUCUAGAAAAAAUAGGCGUAAACCUUUUAACAGAAAAUUUGGUCACAAAACAAGAAAACUGCGACAAGGAUCUAUAAACCCAGUUGGUGUUACAGCUCCCGUAAAAAAACGCAACUGCACAACGAAAAAGCCAUAUUGCUUCGCUCCAAUAGGUAGCCUUACAAUUUUUUUAACAUGAUUUUAUUUAAACGGUUGAUAGGAAUGCUUAAAUCUACUUUUUUCGCAUGCAGGAUUUUCAAUUCAAGGAAGUGUAGGGAGUUGUCGUGAAUUUCAAUGGGUGUAAAAUGUGAACCUGUUUUUCAAUAUAUUCAAAGGGAAAUAUAUAUUUAAUAUAUAGAAUAUAUAUUGCAGUAUAUAUUUAAAGCAAACACAUCAGCUUCUGGUUGAAGGGCAGGAGAAAAUAAAGAAUUUAUCGACCUUUAUUUAUAGAAAGC